UGCCCCGAUAAAAAUGUCAUACAAUUUUGACACACAGUAACAAAAACAAGUGGCAAAUAAACAACAAAUGUUUUAAACUCAAUUGGAUACAGGAUUUAAUAUUCUGAUGAGUUCUCGUAACAUAGCUGACGUAGAUAUGAGAAAACCAAUUAAAACUGAAUUCUCGUCCUACAAUGAGCACUGUGACUUUUGCGUUCUUAGCUUUCAAACGAGACAGGAACUGAAGGCCCAUGUAUUAACACAUUUCAAAAGGAAGAUAUGUCUGGAAACGCAGAAAACAUUGCUAUUAAUCGUCGACGAUUGGUUUGAGCUUCAUGUCAAUCAUGAUUGUGGUGUGGACGAUCAGCAACCGCAACCUGAAAGUAUACGCUGCACCGUACACAUAACUGAAUCAUUGAUAAAAACAGAAAAUUCCGACGAGAACGAUUUGGGUAUCGAUGCUGUGGAGGAUGAGACAAGUACAAUAGAAACAAAAAUGGAAAGCGAAAGUGAAACCGAAAAAAAUUUUGAUGGAAAUUUGACGGAGAGCUCGUCUGCGUCCAGCGAUAAGGUGAUACAAAACGUAAAAUCCAGAACAAGCCGAGCAAAGUCUAAAAAAACGAAACAGAAGAACAUCGAAAUGAAACAAGUGCCAACGUCCAUAACGAAGAAGACUAAAGCUAUUAAUCGAAAGUUAGCGACAAUUAAACCCGCUCAAUCAAAAUCAAAACGGGUAAAAUGCAGAAUCUGCAAACAAAAAAUUACAAAAGAAGAACUAAUACCUCACCUUCAGUCGCGUCAUGUACCAAAAAUAGAUCCAAUUCCUACAUGUGAGACCUGUGGGAAAACCUUUUCAACACCCGGCAAUCUUCGGUCUCACCAAUACCUUCACGCUGAAAGAGGUCGUUACAUCUGCAGUUAUUGCGGCAAAGAGUUCUUCCGAAACGCAAAUUUAAAGGAACAUAUCAAUCUGCACACGGGAGCACGACCAUUUCAAUGCAAAGUUUGUAAAAAGACAUUUCACCGUGAAACUCUAUUACGGAAUCACACUCGGAUUCAUACUGGUGAAAAGAAAUAUCGCUGUAACUAUGAGAAUUGUGAGCGAGCCUACAUGUUUGACAUCGACCUGAAACGGCACAAAUUCAGCGCACAUGGCAUUUACUCGAAAAAGCAUCCUUGCUUCAUUUGUUCAAAAAUAUUUUCAGAAAAUAAAUUGCUGAAAAAGCAUAUGGAAACACACUGAA